AUCCAUAAUGUCACGUGACCAUUUAUGAAGUUGUUUGUAAACUUUGAUGUUCUUUAAAAAGUGGAAUAAUUUAGUGUUGUCUGUUAACCAAUUUUAUUUAAAAAUUAGUGAAAGAAUAUAUUGUGCAUGUUCUGUAACAUAAUUAUUUUUAGCGCCUCCAGUAAGUAAUUGUAAAAUGGCGCGCUAAUUUUUCAUUCUUAUAACCUCACUUCUUUUGUUUAAUAACGAAAUGUUACGAAAGGAAGAAAGAUGUAUUUUUAUAGAAACGUAUGAAGAUAUCUGAAGGCGUUUUCCAAUAUAUUUUUAAAGUUUUGAUGUGUGCAUAACAAAAAUAUAAAAUUACAAUUUCUGUGUAGAUGGUACUCUGUUGAUAGCACAUCUGCUAUGAGAGUUAUGUUUAAAGUGUUGUAACAUGGCAGACGUUGUCACUGUGAAAAAAGAUGACACAGAAACAGCUUCUGCUAACAAAGAUAAAUUAUUUGAUCCGUCUAUUGAUAUGUUAGUAAAUGAUUUUGAUGACGAAAGGACUCUAGAAGAAGAAGAAGCUCUUGCUGCAGGAGAAGCAGAAGAUCCUGUUGCAGAACUUUCUAACUUGCAAAAAGAGAGUAAUAUGCCCUUAGAGGAGUUAUUAGCAAUGUAUGGAUACAGAGAUAUUCAAGAAAAUGGUAGUCCAGAAGAAGAUGAACAGGAUGUAAGUGAAACUAUGGAAGAACAAGAAAGUGAAUCACUGGAUCCCCCAGAAUCAGAAUCAAAACUUCAUACAUUGUAUGAAAAUAUUCCUGAUAAUGAUCAAGAUGCUUCCAGAUUGCUAAGAUCAGUCUCACGUGUAAGUGAAGAAGAAGAUGAAGAUUAUGACUAUACUCCAGAUGAAGAUGAGUGGCGAAAGGUUAAUAAGACUAUUAUGGUGGGAAGUGAUUACCAAGCACAAAUACCUGAAGGACUGUGUCAUUAUGAUGAUGCUUUGCCAUAUGAGAAUGAAGAUAAACUUUUGUGGGAUCCAAAUUCUUUAUCAGAGGAAGUUGUAGAAGAUUUCUUAAGGAGAGCCUCAUCUUUAAAUAAACCUCUUAUCCCAAUGGGUACACAAGUUCGUGAUGACGAACAGGCCUUAUACUUGCUCCAACAAUGUGGUCAAAAUGUCGAAGAGGCCUUAAGACGAAUUCGAAUUAAUGUUAUGCCUUCUUCAGAAAAUAUGAGCCUUUGGUCAGAAGAAGAAUGUAAAAAUUUCGAGUCAGGUGUUCGUUGUUUUGGAAAGAAUUUCCAUUUAAUUCAACAAAAUAAGGUUCGAACUAGGUCAGUGGGUGAACUGGUACAGUUCUAUUACUUGUGGAAAAAAUCUGAAAGACAUGAUAUAUUUGCAAAUAAAACUAGAUUAGAGAAAAAAAAAUAUACGUUGCAUCCAGGUCUUACUGACUUUAUGGACAGGUUUUUAGAAGAUCAGGAUGGGAGAGAUAGAAGUUCAUCACCAAAUGUUCAAGUAAAUACCUCUGAAAAGAAACUAGUAUCUGAUAACAAUAGCCAAAAUUCUAAGGCUCCUCUGGAAACAUAGCAUUACCCGUAUUCUAUUUUUUAUAAUAGUAUAAGAAAAUAACAAAUUCAAAGGAAACAAAAGACAAAUAAAUUCUUAAUUAUGGACAAAAAAAAUAGCAGUGUUGAACACAUUUAAAGAUUGGUGAGUUCUAAGUGAUAUCGUUUUCUUACAAAACUCAUUUGAUAAAUGCAGUGCAAGUGAACAUAACUAAAUGCUUUAUAUUUAUUGUUGCCUAUUUUGUAGUUUUUUAUUGCGUUAAAUCUUCAUUUAAAUUGUAUAUUUUUAUACUGUAAGAAUAAUAAGAACGUCAAUUUUUUACAAAGAUGUGUAACAAUAUUUUGUAGAUAAGUGAUACUAAAAAUUAUAAGAGUAUUUUUGCAUACGAUAAAUAAUAAUCAAUCACUCGUGUUUCUCAUUAAUGUAACAUACACUCCAACCGUCAUAUCAAAACUUACAAAUAAGAGUCACCUUGUAAAUUUAAACUAAUAUUUAAUAAGUAGAGGCUAUUUUAUAUAAAACACUGUGAUUUAAUUAACUUCAUUUAUAAGCAGAAAUAAUAACUGUUAUAAUUUGACGUAAUUACUCGUUUUCAUUCCAAUUAACACAUAAAUACAACUUUUGAGUUGUAACUCUAUCAAGUUCUGCAAAAAAAGUAAUUUAAGGAACAUUUUUAUACUUAACUAAAAAUUAAAUUUCAUUUAGAAUAACUGUAGUUAGUUUAUUUUUAAUUUGAUUGAUACAGUUGUUAAUUAAAGGUAUAUGAGGUUUUUUAUA